CCAAUUGCUGGCUAUUUGGGUGACCGGUGGCACAGAAAGUACAUCAUGCUCAUGGGCCUUGUGUUGUGGAUUGUCGUCACUCUAGCCAGUUCUUUUGUCCCUCCUGAGCUUUUUCGGGUGUUUCUCUUCACGCGGUGCCUAGUCGGAAUCGGGGAAGCAAGCUAUUCUACGAUAGCCCCUACAAUAAUUUCAGAUCUGUUUGUUGGUAGUGCGCGAACAAAAGCACUGGGAUUCUUUUAUUUUGCCGUACCUGUAGGAAGUGGCUUUGGCUAUGUAGUGGGGUCUGCAAUGGCUCGUAUGUCCGGUGAGUGGCAGUGGGCGCUACGUGUAACCCCUCUGUUGGGCAUCGUUUGCGUUCUGCUCCUAGUAUAUCUUCACCAGGAUCCGCCUCGUGGGUUGGCUGAAGGGGCUCCACCGAUGAGCACCACAGCUUGGUGGGUUGAUUUGAAAUAUCUCGUCUGCAACUCGGCCUUCGUUUUGGUCAGUGGUGGCUUCACGUGCGUUUGCUUCAUUCUUGGUGCGCUGACUUGGUUUGGAGUUCAUUUAAUCGAAAUGGGCAUUGACGCUGCACAUGACGACCCAAUGGCUUGGCGAAUGUACGACGUCCCGCUAAUCUUUGGCAUUAGCUUGUGUUUUGCCGGGAUUAUUGGAGUUCUGCUUGGUUCGUAUCUGGGACGUCGCCUGUCGCUCAUUCAACCGAACGCCGAUGCAUUAGUGUGCGCUGGUUCACAGUUUAUUUGCGCUCCAGUCCUGUUCUUUACACUGUUAUCGCCGUCCGUUAGUUUUUUCCUUUGUGUGAGUGUCGUUGUACCGACGAGGAGGUCAACAGCAUCUGCCGUUCAAAUGAUCAUGACUCAUGCUUUGGGCGAUUGCAUCAGUCCGGCCAUAGUGGGUGCGAUUUCAGACGGGAUUUCUGAUAUUGCUUCAUUGGAAACACAGUAUUUAAGUCUGCAACGUGCACUGUUUCUGACCCCGUUCGUCUGCGUUUUGGGCGCGCUUCUUUUCUCUCUGUUGAGCCUCUGUGUUGUGGAGGGCAGACUGGCAGUCCUACGGUUUAUUGAAGAAUCCAAACUGUUUCAGAAUUCUACAGAGUCCACCUGUGGAGCCAGCUCCCCAGCCUAUGUCACCGAUGUAAGCCGGUCGUGACGUGGUUCGUUCAGAACGAUCCCGGGCAGCACAGCUUAAUCCUAACUGAUAGUAGCAUUUUAUUUUACUUUAUUUUCUCUCUAUUAUUCAUUCACCACUUUGAUCCCAAACCCAGAGCGGCCGUGGACGAUGGCCCACAUAAUCUGAAGCAGUCCCAUAUUCCCCCAUUUUCAGCCUUUGUUUUUCUGUACUUUGACCUGACGAUUACUUCGCUUGAAUAAUAUGGUUCAUUACCGCAUGUACACGUUUCUCCUGGUUUCAUUAAUUCAGAUUUGUCGGUUGGCUCAGUUGACGAAUUCAAGUCGGACUCUGUUCCUUUGACUGAAUACGUUAGCCCGGUUGGAUUUAUCGCACCAAGUUUUGCAGUAUUUUAGCCAUCGUGUGAUUUGUAUAUGUAUCAGACAGAGAUUGAUAUAAAGACCACUCGAGGUCUAACUGUUCAUGUUUC